AUGCCAAGUGAGCUGUGCCAGCCGCAACGGUUGACAACCACGUGCGAGGUGAUGGACCUCAUUCCGUCCAGGUGCGUCACCCUCGAGGUGCACUUCGACGUCCGAGGAGUCCUCGGCCGCUUGGCAAGACGGCAAAACUCGGUGGACUCGUUCGUUCGUUCGUUCGCUUAUAGCUCAUCGACCGAACGAGCGUACGACAUCGAGUGA